AUGGAGCUCUUUACCUUUCUAGGUCCAAGCCUCAAGCGUCUGGUCAUCGAUAUGCCACUACGCUCCCACUACCCCGAGGAAGAUAUAAUCGAUAAGCUGCGACCACUUCUUCGCAAAGGCUUUGAGCAAUUGAUACACCUUGAAGAGUUCUGCAGUGUAAGAGAUGAACUCUACCUUGCAUACUGGGACCCCACAUUCUCUCAACAGGCUCAUGACGAUGAGGUCAAUGACUUUGUGUUCGAGAAAUGGACAAAGCUACGUCGACUUGCGCUAUAUAAUCAGAUGCUCGAUGAUAAUUUCAGGACGGCGCUCUCACACAUGGCAAACUUGGAGACAGUCGUCUUGUCACGGCCAGACUACGACUCUGAUCUUCGGCUGGAUGAUUUGAUCCUUCAGUUCGAAGUCCACGUCAAAGUCAUAGUUAUAGACGCUACAGACGACGCAGCCCAGGCUAGAAUGCGGAAGAUGCUGACGGACACGGAUCCGUCUCGUACACGAUCUGAUGCUUGGGAACUCGAAAUCCUGAUCUGCGAAGACAAGAAUCCAAUCUCUGCCGUGCAAGAAUGGUCUUUGCAAAGCGUGUUGGAAGGGACUUUGUGGGCUUUACAUGUCUGA